CCGACUUCCGGCGUCACUGAAAUUAAGAUCCCCCCCGUUUCCUCUGCGCUAAAACCUCCAUCGCAUCCCCGAUCAUUAAUGAAGAAAUGAAACUUUCCCCCCCGCGGCUCAGCAGCGCGGCCUCUCAUUUAAAGAGUUUGUAUCCGUGAGUCGCAUCGUCGAGCUCCUCGUCUCCUGCUGCGAACGGGCUCCGGCUCCUUCAGGGCAAAGAUGGCGGAAGACGAGAAGAGCGGCGAGCCAGCGACAGACAACAACGAGCUGCAGGUUUUCAAGGAGCUUGUGGAUGAACUGCAUCAUUUUAGAGACUGCUAUUUUGAGACUCACAGCCUGGAGGAAGCCGGGCGGAAGCAGAGUGAUGUCGCGCAGGAAAUGGAGAAAACGCUGAAGAAGCUGGAAGAGAAAGAAGAUCUCUACAAACACAAAGCAGAGUUUCUGCUGCAGAAAGGCAGGUGUCUGAACGUAGCUCCAGACUUCAGUGCUGUGGCAGAGACGUGCCUUUCCCGGGCUGUGAAGCUGGAGCCUGGCCUGGUUGAUGGCUGGAACACAUUGGGGGAGCAGUACUGGAAAAAAGGAGACUUUACUGGUUCUAAGAACUGUUUCACGGGAGCAUUGCAGCAGAGCAAGAACAAAGUGUCUCUACGUAACCUGUCCAUGGUGCUGAGGCAGCUGCCAGCGGCAAACAGCAACGCACAUAGCAAACAGGUUAUGGAGAGCGUGGACAUGGCCCGACAAGCUGUCCAACUAGAUGUCACAGACGGGACGUCCUGGUAUAUCCUGGGAAAUGCCUAUGUGUCCCUGUUUUUCAACUGCGGACAGAAUCCUCAGUUUUCUCAGCAAGCUCUUAGUGCCUAUGCUCAAUCUGAGAAAGUGGACAGAGCUGCCUGUUGUUACCCGGAGCUGCAUUUCAACCGAGCCACACUAUUCCAGUACGAGGAGAUGUUCGGGUCGGCGCUUGACGGCUACACCCGAGCGGCAGCACUUGAUCCGGGCUGGGAGGAGCCUCCAGAGAAAGAGAAGAUGCUGUUGGAGUAUCUGGAGAAAGUCACAAAACUUGCACAGAACAAGGGGACGGUAAAGGCACGUCGGUUAAGGAACAUGCUCUCUAAUCUCAACACGUCGGCUUUUGGUCCCUGCUCCUCCCCUCAGUUUCGUUCCCCCACAGGCCGUGUGGGCAGCCUGGAGCCUCGGACUCUUUCCUCCCUCUCCCACGGCCACAACGCUGGGGUGGCCGCCUUGGGCAAGGUGGUGUUCAGCCUGGCCUCUGAGGGUCGCAUGUCAUUUGCGUUCGGUAUGGUGGACAGCGAGGAGACUUGCAUGGUGGUGAUGGUUUACAACACAGCCAACAGCUGGGGUGUCUUGAUAGGAGACAGUGUAGUCGUUCCUGAACCUCAGGUCAAACGACACAGUAUAACACAUAAAGAUAAGUCGUUUGACUUCAGAAGUAUACGAGUGGACUCGCCUCUGCUGCUCAUCGUCAACGGAAAGAAACAAAGUGUCCACAGUCAGAUUGCUGCCUCCGUCAGCUACAAGCUUCAGCACGACUAAGCCGAGCAAGAAGAAGUGAGAGAGGACCAAUUUUUUGUUUGUUUUCUUGCUGGAAAAGCAAGAACAGUUUGGAUAUUUAUGAAAGUUUGAAGUUUCCAAAGUUUGUGACUGUUUUAUGUGUUUUUUUUAUUUUGGAAGCGUUACAUGUUCUUAAGAGACAACUUGUUUAUAUUUAUAAAUAUUUCUCGCUUUUUUUUUGUAUUCUGUUGCACGGACAUUGAGUUGAUUUUGUAAAUGAAUGAACCUGUGAUGACGACAAUGUGAUGUCAGAGUUAUGACUUAAGUUGAUCUAAAAAAAAAAAGACGAAUUUGACAAAAACAUUUGGUUCCUCAUUCUUUCAGUUUACCAGUUAAACCUCACAUUACACACAAUUAACUGUGGUUAUCAGUAACAUCAAUAAAAACAAGUGAA